GUUUGUGUCGGCACUGGGCUACAAUUCAAAUGUGUGACGCUUGAGUUUCUGCACGGUCUGUUGCGGCGUGUAAAGUUUAAACAGUGUUUCGACUUGCAAUAGUGCGUGUUCUAACUAAAUGAGUAGAAAAGAUUCGUUUAACAAAAUGUUUAUAGCACGGAAUGAUAAUAAACAACCUAGCAAUUAUAGUUUUCCUUCGACGAAAUUGCGAAACGUGUACUGUAUUCAGUGCAGACACCAGUUUUUUCUUCGAGAAUUUGUACCUUUACGGGGGCUAAUUCCUUUAUUAUUGCAAUGCGGACAUGUCAUAUGCGAUAAAUGUGCAAAGACUGCCUAUAACAAACCUUGUUUUGUAUGUAAUAUGACUUCUAAGUACAAUAAUGAUCAGACUGCUUUGUUACCUUUAAACAUGUAUGCAUUGGGACUAAUGAUCGUAUCCCACAAUCGACCAGUGGGUACUGAUGACUCAGACAUAUGUUUCUUUAAGCCAAUUAGUUCUAGAGUGAAACAACAAUGUAUACAAGGAUUAUGUUAUGAAUGUGGAGUUCAGGCAUCAAUAAAAUGUCCCCAGUGCAAUGCUCUUUAUUGUUUAAGUUGUUAUACCAAGAUCCAUGGACGAGCAUUGCAAGGACAUUCCAAAAUUAUUUUAUCUAACAGUAACAAUGAAGAUGCUCUUAUUGUUCAAAAUACAUGUUCAGAACGAUGCAAAGAACCAUUGGGGUAUUAUUGUGAAAAUUGUGAGAUAGCUGGAUGCUCUCAUUGUAUGUUGAGAUUACAUAAGAAACACAAUUAUGUGUCAUUAGUUAACAAGAAUACGGACUUCCUCAUCGAUUUCCAUGAGAUGUGCACGUGUGUCGCUCAGAGGUUGCAGAGGAUUCAUCAGGCGCAAAAGAAACUGAAAACGGUAAUUACGAGCCCGGAGAACGUGGAGAAUGCCCACAGCGUCGAAACGGCGAUCACGCAGCAUUUCGCGUUUCUUCAUGGGACUCUUCAGAAUAUGGAAAGAAAAAUCAUCGAUGAGCUGCACCAGCAUCGCGAUUCAUGGAACAAAAACAUAGACGACAUUUCUGAGCAGCUCAAAGAAUUGGAGAGUCGUUUGCAAACCGCGCUUACCGUAAUUGGCUCUGUAGACGAAAAUUUGGACAAAAUAGAUCUUCAACAGGUGAUUAAAAAGCUGCGAAAGCUGUGCGACAUUCCCUGCCAUUUGUUAAUAAAUUCCGAGCCGGAGGACAUGGAAAUAAGAUUCGAUAUCGACGAAAGCAUCAUCGAGGCCUUGCAGAAGCAUUGCACUAUACAAAUACCGAGAACGUCGAGUUUCAGUUUGCAACGGACGGAAUUGUUACCGGACGAUUACGAAAUGGAACCGCUCACGGAGGAAUUCAGCAUUCCAAAGCACAAAGACAGAUCGUUCGCGGGAAUGAAAUCGACAUCGGUUGUUACCCUUCCAUCACGACAGACUGAUGAUUAUCCUGCUGCCGGGUCUUCAGAGAUGGUCCGCGUUACGCACGUUGUUAAUCCAUCUUGCUUCUACGUCCAGCUGGUACAAAAUCAAAAUAAAAUAGCAGAACUCAAAAAGGGGCUAUCUUUGCUAGCCAAUACAUCGGGGAUUAUACCCACGGCAGUGACGAUAAAUGCCCUGUACAUUGUGCAGUCUGCUAAGGAACGGUCUUGGUACCGUGGACGCGUUAUUAAUAAAAAGACGGAUCACAGCGGUGAUGAGAAAUAUACGGUGUACUUUAUUGAUUACGGAAUGGAAGAAGACAACGUGCCGUUGUCAAGAAUGAGGAACAUUAUACCACAGUUUGCGAUGUUCAAUGUAAUGGCACUGAGGUGCUCAUUAUUUGAGAUUGUUCCGAACGGUGGUCAAUGGCAUCCCGAUGCUAUUGAAGCAUUUAAGAAACUCGUAUACACGAACUCGAUGGUUUCAAUGUGCAUCAUGACAAUAACGGGAGACACAUAUUACGUUGACCUCUGUGCGGUGUCCUCCAAAGAUGCAGGGUUAAUACCCAUAAAAGACUCAUUAACGUAUAUGAAGUACGCAACUUGUAUUUCACGAAAUAAACUUCUGAGGAUGAACCCUUAUUCUACCAAGACAUAUGUCAAGGAAGAAUUGUCGAUGGAAACCUAUACGAACGUUGAUAUUUUAUACAUUGACUCACCUAAGUGCAUAUACGUUAAAAAGGUGCACGCAUGCAGAUCACACUUUAUUAAAAUGGUUCGUGAAAUGACGGAAACUUAUGAACAAAAUAUAUCUCUCACUGAAUCCAUUCCUGCGAUUCAUAAAGAUUUACCGUGUGUGGCACGCGGUGCUGAUGGACUCUGGCACAGAGGUAUAAUAAACGAAGUUACAGAAAAUACAGUAAGGGUUUUUUAUGUUGACUUAGGAUAUACACUGACACUAAAUUAUGAUUCUGUCAGAGCACUUUCUAAGAAUUUCAUGAGCUGCAAAACACAGGCAAUCAAAGUCUCAUUAAAAAACAUUAAGCCGAUUAAUAACAGUACUGCUCAGUGGGGUCCAGAGGUAACUAAAUUCUUAGAGAAACACCUUGGAGAACCAAUGCGUUGUAAAAUUAUGACCUUCGACAAGAUCGGAGAUACAUAUAGUGUACUUAUGUAUACUCUUGAUGAAAGCAGUAUUUCCAAUUUAUUAAUAACAAAUGGUUUCGCAAUAGAUGCAAGACAAAGGUAAAUAUCCUAAAUUAUGAAUCAUAUAUAUUUUAAACCCCAUACUACAGGAAAAUACUAUCAAAAAGAAGAAGAAAUAAUAGAAAAACAUUGUGAAGAAUAUUCAGAACCAUUUGAUGCGAUGAGUCUAAUGAAUGCAAGCAUGAAAAACAGUGGGGUGUUGAAAGAAAAGGAAGACCCUUUUAAAGUACAAGUUCUAAUACACCAGGUUCAUUCCCCUAAUUGUAUUUAUGUGUCUGAUGCCAUGUAUGAACCAACAGAUAUAAAACAAAUGAUGGAUCAGAUGCAAGAAUUUUACAGCAAAUAUCGCUCCGCGAAACGCGACUGUUGGAAUGAAGGUGCUGUUUGUGCAGUAUUUUUAGCAAAAAACAAUAUGUAUUAUAGGGGUAGUGUCGUUGAAAUAAAGUCCAAGGAUCGAGUACUUGUAUUUUUAUAUGAUAUGGGAAACGAGGAAAUAGUCACGAUAAAUGACUUACAAUCCUUGUAUCCGCCAUUCUUAAAAAUACCAACUUAUGUUUUCAAAAUCAAAUUAGCCGGUAUAUUACCUUGUGGAGGAUCAAGGAAAUGGCCGUCAUUGUCCUGUCAGGAAUUAUGUGAAAUUACAAAGAACGAAAACUGUAAAUUUUACGUAACAAAGCUUGAGAAUGAUGACAUACAAGAUUCUGCGAUACCGGUAGAACUCUGGAUAAAAGAAAGUAAAAUAGACGGACCUUUAUCUCCUACAAGGAUUGAAAUUAAUUCGGUGAAUAGAAUGUUAGUUGAAAAAGGUGUUGCCUUACCUAUAAAAGGAUAUGCUAAAAAACGUGAUAAAAUCUUGGCGAUUGAAUUAAAAUCACAAUUGAUGAAAAAAUUAGAAAGAUUGUCGAAAAGCGAAUCAAACGUGAAGUGGUUUAAAAUAAAUGACGAAAACGAUUCUCACUCUAGUACAAGCGAUAAAACAGAUGUUAAAACAUUCUUACGAUACUCGGAUUCCGACAGUCAAGAGUACAGUUCGGAAGAAAUACUUUACAAUAUACCAUCGCUACCAAGUUUAAAUGCAUGGUUACCAGCAGAGGACAUAUUGAACGAGACAUUUAUUGCUCUACCUACAAAUCUGGACCAUAACGGUUACUUAUAUCUGCAUUCUGUAGAGCAGAAUGAAAAAAUAUUGCUUGAUAUAGAAACAAAAUUGCAAAAAUUCUACAAAAAUUCUGAAAUAGAAGCAUGUGAUACAGUAUGGGCUGCAGGGAACAUGUGCAUUGCUCAGUAUCACGCAAAUAAAAAAUGGUACCGAGGAAAAGUGUUGAAGAUCUUGGAAAAUGACAUAGUUGAAGUGGAAUUUGUGGAUUAUGGUAAUGUUGAGGUAUGUUCUAUUGGUACUUUAAAGAAAAAAGUGAUUUUGGAGAAUAUUCCUAUACAAUGCAGCAAAUGUUUAAUUUAUGGACUAAAUCCGGGAGAUGAACAUGGAAAAUGGAUGGUAGAAGAUUUGGACAAAAUACAUUGUCUCCUUAUAGAUAAAAAAUGUGAAGUGUCUAUCUUAGAUAAAACCAAUAACGUUUACAUUAUUUCUGUAACAAUAUUUCCAAACAAAUACUGUCGAAACAAGAGUGACUUAAUUACAUUUCUCAUCAACGAUUGGGGUAUGAAUAUUAAACCUGAUAGUGAAAUGAAUAUAUCAGAAAAAGAAUCAUCCUUCACGGAUACAGCAGACGUAAUAAUUGAAAAUUCAGACUUACUAUACUCAAUUGACAGAAUGGAAGAAAUAAAUGAAGUAACGCUAGAAACAGAAGAAAAGAUAAAAGAUAAACUAAUCAGUGGAUAUUCUCCAUUGAUACAAGAUAAUGCACUGAAUGAAAGUGGUAGCAUUGCUACAACUGACGUUGAAAAUUUGUCAUGGUGUAUUGUAAAAAGUAAUAUAGUUUCUUCUACGCCUAACGUUGUUUCGGAAGAAAAUCUUUCAGUGGUUUAUAAACUAGUCAAUAUCCCAAAAGAUUUACAGUACAUUGAAAUAGAACUAUGCUGUAACAUUUCUGCUACUGAAUUUUAUGCUCGGUUGAAAGAAAAUGCACACUCAGUAGUUUUGAGUGCAUACUAUGCCCAAUAUAAACUUCUUAUGGAAGAUUUACAAGAAAAUGCUCCCAAGCAACCAGUACUUACAGAUAUUACACUAAACACACCUUGCUGUGCAAAAUUUAAUGAUGAUCUGUGGUACAGAUGUUUAAUAAUAGAAAGUGAUACUAUUGAAGAUACAAAUGAUAUCGAAAUUAAAUUAUUGUAUGUUGAUUAUGGCAAUGACGAAUACAGAACAGUUAAUGCUCAAAAUUGUGAGUUAUAUACUCUAAAAAAAGAAUGGGCAGACGUUCCAGCUUUAGCAAUGAAGUGCAGAUUAUGGAAUGUAGACGUUGUUCCCUCCGCAGAUGAAACUAAACUUCUAACCGAAAUACAUAAAAUGUAUAGUAAACCUGUUGUAGGUACAAUUAAGGAAAUUGAUAAAGAAUAUACAAGUCUCGAGCUAUAUGAAGACACAAAUCUUAAAAAACUUUUAUAUAGUUCACUCAUCGAAGAUGGCUUAUUUAAGAUUAAAACAAACAACGAACAAAUCGCAUUCUUUAAAAAUAUCAGCAAAUAGUUUAUUUUCGUAACGUUUAUAACGAUACAUCAGUAUGAAAAUAUUAGACUCCGAUGUGCAAUUAUAUGUAUUUAUGUUUAUCAUUGUUAUAUUACUAAAUGUUCGUCAUUGAUUCAAAGAAAUAAUUAUUUUAAAAAAUUUAUUAUCUGCAGAAGCUUAAACUUAUAUAUUAUAAUUUUACAAUUUUUUUUAGAGAAAUUUAAAAAAUUUAUAGAAAAUGUAAAGAUUAAUAUAUUAACGUUGCGUACUUUUAGCAAUUUGCUCUUUAAGUACCAAAAUACUUUGUCUUUGUUCAGGUGGUAGCAUAGCUAUUUGUUCAUCAGAUAACUGCAGUACUUGCAUUAUCAAAGCAGCCUGUAAUAUAAUUGUUCAUUAUUUUCAUGUUCUUUCUUACAUUAUAUAGAUAUGACUACGUAAUAUUU